AUAGAGAGAGUGAAGAAGAAAAGGAGAGAUUCAAAGAGAAGGUUUUGCCCUGAUUUUGGUUUUAGAAAUCUUCAUUUCGAAGAUACAUAGCAUGUCAUAUUAUCGAAGGGCGGAUUUUGAUUACAUGGUUGACGAGGGAGAGAUGGCCGAUGUUGUGGAUGAGAUGGAUGAAGAGUACUAUGGUAGAGAUGAUGGAGAAGCAGAGCUUGAUGACUAUGAUAUGCUUACAAAGGCAAUUGACAUAUCAUCUGCGCAAGCACGGAAAGGAACCGAUAUUCAAGGAAUACCAUGGAACAGAUUGAAUAUUACAAGGGAGAAAUACAGGCAAACAAGGUUGGAACAGUACAAGAAUUAUGAGAACAUCCCUUCAUCUGGGGAAGUUAUAGACAAGGCAUGUAAACCCAUGGAGAAGGGUGGAAACUACUAUGAAUUCCAGCACAAUACAAGGCUGGUGAAGCCCACAAUUCUACAUUUCCAGCUCCGGAACUUGGUUUGGGCCACUUCGAAACAUGAUGUAUAUCUAAUGUCAAACUAUUCAGUUAUUCACUGGUCCUCACUAUCUUGCAACUCAUCAGAGGUCCUCAACUUUUCGGGACAUGUGGCUCCAGCUGAGAAAUAUGCAGGGAGUUUAUUAGAAGGUUUUACACAGACCCAGAUUAGCACACUUGCAGUCAAGGACAAUUUUCUGGUUGCGGGGGGUUUCCAAGGAGAACUUACUUGUAAGCGUUUAGAUCGAAGGGGAGUUAGCUUCUGUACACGGACAACAUAUGAUGACAAUGCAAUCACAAAUGCUAUCGACAUAUAUGAUAGCUUGAGUGGUAUAGUCCAUUUCAUGGCAUCAAAUAAUGAUUGUGGGAUACGAGAAUUUGACAUGGAGAAGUUUCAGCUUUUGAACCACUUCCGCUUCCCUUGGCCAGUGAAUCACACAUCUAUGAGUCCAGAUCGUAAGCUUAUCACAGUUGUGGGAGAUCACCUUGAUGCAUUGCUUGUCGAUUCACAAAAUGGGAAGACGGUGGCAACAUUGGCUGGUCAUCUAGAUUACUCAUUUGCUUCGGCAUGGCACCCAGAUGGCCACACCUUUGCCACUGGGAAUCAGGAUAAGACAUGCCGAGUAUGGGAUCUUAGAAAACUAUCAACACCUGUGGCAAUCCUCAAGGGAAACCUGGGUGCUGUCCGCUCAAUCCAUUUCUCCUCGGAUGGGGAGUUCAUGGCAGUCGCCGAACCUGCAGAUUUUGUCCAUAUCUAUAGCACAAAAGUGGAUUAUAAAAAGCGGCAAGAGAUUGAUUUCUUUGGGGAGAUCUCUGGUGUAUCGUUGAGUCCAGAUGAUGAGUCUCUUUUCAUAGGAGUGUGGGACAGGACAUACGCGAGCUUGCUUCAGUACAGCAAAGGACAUUCUUAUGGUUAUUUAGAUUCCUAUGUGUGAUUCAUCUUUUACAAAGACUUGUUCUGUGUGUUAGCAGUUCUCUCAAGACAAAGGUACAGCUGGGGUUUUUGAUAUAAUGUGGUUGAUCUGGCCGGUCAAGAUGGCUGUAGAGAGAAUCAGAGUUGCACAAGAAUUAUCACAUGUACAGGAGGACAGCAGUCUUUACCCAGGCUAGAUAUAAUCACUUCAAUCUGUUUAAUUGUUUGUAAUGGGAAACGGGCUGCGUAGUUUUGUUGCCAUUAUAAGUUACUUUUGACCGAUCUGUUGUUCAUUCUCAUCUUUCUUGUAAAGUAUUCUGAAGUUUAAGUUCGCAAAUAAACAAAUCAUGAUUUCUUGUUUUA